CUGCUGUGGGAAGAGACAGGAGCCGAGGAGGAGGCAGAGGAGGAGGGGGAAGCCGCGCAGCCACCGCCACGGACACCGGGAGCGGGGACGCCGCCGCCGGGGAGACCAGCCACCGUCUCGUUCACCCGCAGAAUUGUGGAAUGCUGUGAAGACUCUAAGUGCCCUGCAGCAUUAGGCAGAUUACUAUCUGGAUUGUCUUCAGCACAACGAAAUUCAUAUACAAGAGAGUUCUCAGUCUUCCACAAUGAAUCCUGUUUACAGCCCUGUUCAACCUGGGGCUCCCUAUGGAAACCCUAAGAAUAUGGCCUAUACAGGGCACAGCCAGCUCUAAUGGAAAACAUCAACAAAGUUAAUGAAACCAAACACUGCAGUGAUCAGGACAGAGGAGCAACUUGAGACUGAUUGAGCCGCAGGCUUUAUGGACAGCAAAGGGUUAUCCAACUGGGUAUCCCACAGCUGCCCCUGCCUACAAUCCGAAUAUGUAUCCAACCAGCAGCCCUGGCUAUGCCCCAGAGUUUCAACUCCUGCAUUCAGCUAAUGCUACACUUCUGAUGAAGCAGGCCUGGCCACAGACAUCCUCCUCUUGUGCCACAGAGGGUACCUUUCACCUCCCAGUGGACACUGGGACUGAGAACAGAACUUACCAAGCUUCAUCUGCAGCAUUCAGGCAACAGUUUUCCACUACACACUUCAACUACGGUCAAUGGUACACCGCUGGGACUCCAUACAAGGUCCCACCUACCCAGAGUAACAAUGCACCACCUCCCUAUUCUCCAUCUCCAAAUCCUUACCAAACUGCUAUGUACCCCAUCAGAAGUGCCUAUCCACAGCAGAACCUGUAUGCCCAGGGAGCUUAUUAUACACAGCCUGUGUAUGCGGCACAGCCUCACGUCAUCCAUCACACCACCGUGGUUCAGCCAAACAGCAUUCCAUCUGCUAUCUAUCCAGCCCCUGUUGCUGCACCUAGGACUAAUGGUGUGGCCAUGGGAAUGGUUGCUGGCACCACCAUGGCAAUGUCAGCAGGAACCCUGUUGACCACUCCACAACACACUGCAAUUGGAGCACAUCCAGUUUCUGUGCCAACGUACAGGGCUCAAGGAGCCCCUACCUACAGCUAUGUACCUCCACAUUGGUAAACGUGAUGGCCAAUCCAUAUCUGGAGUCAAACAUUGUAUGCAACUACUCAAGUCUUACAUCGGUGCUGGAGCAACUGUACCACAGCACCAAGUCUGUUUGCAAGAACAAAACAAAAAGUGCAAGGGUCACUUUAUGCAUUCUUUAGUGGUUUUUGUAAAAGCUGCUUUUUCUAA